UGUUCCUCUGCUUCUCUUUACAAUUUUCUACUCGUCGCCGAAUAUGGCGUCGCAUACCCAUCAUCAUGAUGAUCUCUUGGAUGAGAAGUCGUACAGCAAGCAUCAGGAGUUUGUGGAGGGUGUGCCCAACGACGCAAAUGUGUUGACUCCUGAGGAGUUGGAGGUCGAGAAGAAGUUGCGCAAGAAGAUUGAUCUUUUAAUUAUGCCGCUGGUGGUUUUGGUGUAUUUGAUGAACUAUAUCGAUCGUAAUAAUUACGCAGCCGCUCGCCUGCAAGGUCUUGAAAGAGACUUGGGUCUCACUGGAAAUCAAUACCAGAUCGGUCUCUCCCUCUUCUUCGUCUCAUAUAUUGUAGCCCAGCUACCGUCGAACUUGUUGCUCAACUACUGCGGUCGCCCUUCAUGGUAUCUCGGCUUCUUCAUCAUCGCUUGGGGUCUUGUAUCGGCAGUGACCAGUAUGGUCCACAACUUUGCCGGUAUUCUCGCCUGCAGACUUAUUCUUGGUUUCGUCGAGGCUCCAUUCUUCCCUGGCAUCCUGUUUUACCUCUCGAAGUGGUACACAAAGAAAGAGCUGAAUUUGAGGAUGUCCUUGUUCUACGCCGGAUCUCUGCUCAGUGGUGCUUUUGGCAGCUUGAUUGCUGCCGGUAUUCUUAGAGGUCUGAACAAUCACAACGGACUCGCAGCAUGGCAGUGGCUUUACAUCAUUGAGGGUGUCAUCACCAUCGGCGUUGGUAUCAUUGUCGUCUUCAUGUUGCCCGACUUCCCCGAGACCUGGAAAAGGCUAUCGCCCGAGAUGAGACAUGUUGCUACCAAGCGUCUUGCUCUUGAUGCUGCUGAAGCCGAUAAGGAUGAGGAAGGUGGUAUGUCGCAACUGAAGGGUCUGAAGUUGGCGGUCGCAGAUCCCAAGACAUACCUCCUCGCCUUGAUGUACUUCUGCAUCACUGGUGCUGCUGGCUUUCAGAACUUCUUCCCUUCGCUUACAAGGUCCCUUGGAUACGACCCCUUCAUCUCCUUGCUCUUGGUCGCACCACCAUACAUCUUCAUGAUGUGCUGGUCGCUUUUCCAUUCCUGGAUGUCGGACAAGAUGUCCAACCGUUUCUGGUUCUUCAUCUACCCAAUUCCGUUGGCAAUCAUCGGUAUGGUCGUUUUCAUGACCACCGAAGGCUUCGGCCCUCGCUACUUUUCGUUCUUCUUGAUGAUGUUCGUCUUCACCAUCAACGGAACGCAAUUCGCCUGGAUUUCAAGCUCAAUCCCCAGACCCCCUGCCAAGCGUGCUGCUGCGUUGGCCAUUAUGAACGCUCUGGGAAACUCGACUUCUAUCUGGACAUCUUUCACUUACCCCAUCGGGGAUGCACCUCACUACCGUCCCGGACUCGGCAUUGCGGCUGGCUUGUUGGUGGGCGGAUUCAUCCUUGCAAACGUUCUUCGUUGGUAUUUGAUGAGACAGAACAAAGCUCUGGAGGAGUUGGAGAACGAAGGUACACAUCUGUCGCCAGAGCGCUUGAGAGCUUUGAUGAAGAGAGCCGAGGUUACAGACAUCUCAAUGAUGCAAAGGGGCUUCCGUUACUUGGUUUAGAUGUGCGAUAUCAUAACGACUAUAAUGAAACAGAUGCGAUCAGUGAGUCGCUGCUUCA